AUGCUAAUUUGGAAUCUCUACAAGCCAUUUAGAAGGAGACCAGAAGGGAACCCAUUAGAUCUCAACAAUAUUCCUGAUGAACACUCUGGAGAUGAUAAACAUGUCCUCGAAGAUAGCUCCUCAUCUGGAUUCAAAAGCGGCGUGAAGGAUUCAAAAGACGAGUGUGGGAAGGUCUACGAGUGCAGAUUUUGUUCCCUUAAGUUCUGCAAGUCUCAGGCACUUGGGGGACACAUGAACCGCCACCGUCAAGAAAGGGAAACAGAGGCUCUGAACCAAGCUCGUCAGCUACUCUACCAUAACGAUCAUAACCUACAAACCCAAGGUGCCCCCCACUUAGGAUACGGCAAACCAGUAGCAUCAGGGAACUUUCAUCCAAUAAGUAACAUGGGAGACCCAACAAUGCGUAUGAGAUUCCCAGGACACGUGUCUGGUUCAUUCUCAAACCACAUGCCAGAACCUCUUGUUCCUCCACAACAACAAUACUUAUAUGGCACUGCCCCUUCACGGCGCUUCUCUUUUCCGUCACACUAUUCCCAACAUCCUGUGAACGAUUACUAUGUAGGUCAUGUCCUUAGUGGCAACCUCAACUAUGAGGCAACAGAGUCUGUUUACACUUGCAUAGGGGCACCUGUAGGACAAGCAUUCGCGGGUAGUGGUAACGACAGGUCACUGCACAAUGAAGAUGAUGAAGGGUUGAAUUGGGGAAGGAGCUAUUCAGGAACACAGAAGCAGCGUUCAAUAGGUUUCAAGAUAGGUUCUAAUUAA